GAGCCCUGAAGUCCAUCAUGAAGAAGCGGGACGGUCCUCCCCGGAGCGAGGCUGAGGGCAGCAAGAAGAGCCUGCAGUUUGUGGGCGUGCUGAACGGGGAGUACGAGAGUACGUCGAGCGAGGAGGAGGAGGAAGGAGACAGCUCCUCCGAGAAGGCUUCAGCCGACAGCUCCGACACUCUGCCCAUCCCUGCAGGGGUCUGUAAUGUGGACCACCAGAACAAAGCCGGCUACACAGCUCUCAUGCUGGCAGCACUGGCUGCCGUCGAGUAGGAAGAUGACAUGAACGUGGUCAGGAGGCACUUCAGCAUGGGCAAUGUCAACGCCAAGGCCAGCCAGGCUGGCCAGACAGCGCUGAUGCUGGCUGUCAGCCAUGGCCGGCAGGAGAUGGUGGAAGCCCUGCUUGCCUGCGGAGCCGACGUGAACCUGCAGGACGAGGAAGGCUCAACUGCGCUGAUGUGCGCCUGCGAGCACGGCCGCGUGGAGACGGUGAAGCUGCUGCUCGCUCAGCCCACCUGCAACAUCUCCAUCGUGGACAGCGAUGGUAACAAUGCUGUCGCCAUCGCGCUGGAGGCCGGCCACAGCAACAUCGCUGUGCUACUCUACGCCCACCUCAAUGACAUGAAGGCACAGCUGCCC